UGUGCGUGUCUCCUCACAUUCUGUUAAAUGUCAGCCAGCAGUGUUUUGUAAACGAUCAAACCACAAAGCACUGUCGACGAAGACUCAGACUGUUGUCAAUUUACGCCACCAAUAUAUCAUCUGACACCUUUCUAGCAACAUUCAGGUGUAGUAAAUAAUAUGACACCUAAGUGUGGCCUCAUCACUGACACCUUUAAGGUUGUAAAGAAGGCAAGGAGAGGUGGCAAGAGAGACAAGUCUCCUUCGCCACCAAGAGCAGAGCCUGAGCCCCCACAGCUGAGUCAGAAAGAAAUAGAUCUACAGGAGCUGAAGAUGUUUGAUCUGGACUGGAGGUUCGGACCGUGUACAGGGAUCGGUCGCCUGCAGAGAUGGGAGAGGGCCGCACUGCAUGGGAUGAAUCCCCCACAGGAGAUUAAAGACAUUCUACUGAACACUGACCCAGAGUACACGCAGAGUCUCUGGCGUGAUUAUCCACUCUGAAUAACAUGGGUAAAAGCUGAAUGGUGGUGAGGAAGGAAAGAAAAUACUCUUUGUUUUUGAUUGUUUGACAUUUUUUACUAUGUUUAACCAGUUACACUAUAUUUUAUUAAACAUUUCUAUAUACAAA